AUGUUAGAACUAAAGCUGGAAACUCGCGCACGUUAUGCGCAUUUUAUAGCAAACACCGCCUCACUUUCAAACUGUGGAGGGCAAAGAAGGAUGGAGAAAAGGGAAGAAGAAAGGAAGACUCAUGUUAAAAGAGGGUUGUGGAAACCUGAAGAAGACAUGAUACUUCGAAGCUAUAUCGACACUCAUGGAGAAGGAAACUGGGCAGACAUCUCUCGUAGAUCCGGAUUGAAGAGAGGAGGCAAAAGCUGUCGGUUGAGAUGGAAGAACUACCUAAGACCAAACAUCAAAAGAGGAGGCAUGACGCCUCAAGAACAAGACCUCAUCAUCCGCAUGCAUAAGCUUCUCGGCAACCGAUGGUCGUUGAUCGCGGGUCGCCUUCCGGGUAGGACUGACAACGAAGUCAAGAACUACUGGAAUACCCAUUUGAACAAGAAAUCCAGUUCCAGGAAACAAAAUGCAACUGAAUCAGUGGAAGCCACUCCAUGGGUCGACAAGCCAGUUAUGUCUACAGAAGUGAGAGGAAGCCAUGGAGGAGGAGAGGGAGAAGAGGGCACUACCACUACCUGGAUGGAAGAGACCAACUUCUUCGCCCGCAUAGAAUCUCCCCUGCCUCUCACUGCUCAUAACCCAGACACUCUUUUGUUUGACCCAUCUUUUGCCUUCACCGAUUGCUUUCCUCUGCUUUAGCCUUUAGGACUUUCCUGAUUCUAUCUCUGAGCGAUAAAUUCUUGCAUAGACUUUGCGAAUCAUAUUAUACAAUUAGUCUAAGCAAGAAUUAAUCAUGAAUUGUAAUAAGCCCUGAUUCAUUGUGGAUCCUAUCCUUAUCUUAUCAAACAUCAACUCCAGUGCAA